AUGUGUUGUCAUCUGACGAAAGAAGACGCCCAAUGUACCUCUUUAUACGACGACAGCUUCGCCAGUUGCGAGAGCAUGUUUCGCGACUCAGCCCCACGUAAAAGUAUCUGGGCAAUCGGAAUCCUUUCUCUGCUUGGUGCUGUGUUCGUAAUUGUAUGGCGUCUGAUCUUUAAAGAGAGAAACAUAGUCCAGCUUAUCAUGUUAAUGCACUUAGCGGUUGGGGAUUGCUUGAUGGGCGUUUACUUGGUCACCUUAGGUGCCAAAGACCUGUUAUGGUCGGGAAGUUACUAUCUGCAUGACUUCCAGUGGCGGUCCGGUUUGUCGUGUCAGGUCACAGGUGCGAUCUCAGUGCUGUCCAGUGAGGUCUCUGUAAUGAUACUUGCCCUCAUCUCUGCUGACAGGCUGAAGAACAUCGUUUUCCCAUACCAUGGCAGAGGGCUGACUCCCAGGAAGGCACACAUUCUGUGCGUGAUUAUUUGGGUCCUUGGUUUUGUCAUCGCAUUCCUUCCCCUCAGUGGCAUUAGCUACUUUUAUGACGCCCUAGAGCGCCCUGCGUACUACGGACGAUCCGUUGUGUGCCUCCCACUGCAACUUUCCAACAGGUUUCCAGCUGGUUGGGAGUUCUCCAUUGCCAUCUUCGUUGGGUUAAACUUCCUCCUCUUCCUGUUCAUGACGGUAGCUUAUGUCGCAAUCUUUCUUAAAAGUUAUCUCUCCAGCCGUCAGCUCGCAAAGAAGGGAACCAGACGAGAGGUGCAGGCAAGAAAGAAGAAUGCAAGUGCCAGAAGGGAGAGAGCAUUGGCCAAAAGAGUCUUCUUUAUCAUUCUCACAGAUUGCGCCUGUUGGAUGCCGAUAAUAGUCAUGGGCAUCAGGUCUUUGGCUGAAAAAGAUUACAGUCCCCCGAGGCGAUCUUCCUGCCUGGAUCGCCGUGUUUGUGCUGCCAAUUAA